AAUUUUUAAAAAUAUUAAUUAAAACUUUAAUAUUUAGCCAGUAAGAGCAUGACUUGCCCUCCACUACCCUGAAUUUACUGGUAAAUGCUUUUAAAUGGAUGCUUGUACUGAUUUUUAUCGAUAGGGAAGAAACGCGCUCGUCAGUUUCUUCGAAAUUCCACUAUGGUUUUCAUCUCGAUUCCAAACUCCAAAACCCUAACCCUAAAUCUCGAUCCCAAAUCCACCACUCUCAUCUCCCUUCAGCAAUCAAUUCAACAUCAUACCCAAAUCCCAAUUUCUAACCAGCACCUCCUUCUCCCCUGUAAUCCCUACUCUUCCGUCGGCAAAUCCGUGGAUGAUGCAUCCGUCAUCCUUUCCCAACUCCACAUAACCCCACACACGACCUUGAUCCUCCAUGUCCCCUUCUUCGGUGGCACCCAGCCUGGUCCCGUUGGCUCAGCCCCUCCCAAACCCCGCCUUGAUUUCCUCAACUCCAAGCCUCCUCCUAAUUAUGUUGCCGGGCUUGGCCGUGGUGCCACGGGAUUUACUACGCGGUCUGAUAUUGGGCCCGCUCGAGCCGCUCCUGAUCUUCCUGACCGAUCUGCUACUACUAUUGGUGGCGCUGCGGCUGCCCCUGGUCUUGGCCGCGGCCGUGGAAAGCCAGGCGAAGAUGAGGAAGAGGACGAGGCGGAUGAUAAGGGGUACGAUGAAAACCAGAAGUUCGACGAGUUUGAGGGUAAUGAUGUGGGGCUUUUUGCGUCUUCGGAAUAUGACGAGGAUGACAAGGAAGCGGAUGCAGUUUGGGAAGCAAUUGAUAAGAGAAUGGAUUCGAGGAGGAAAGAUCGAAGGGAAGCGAGACUGAAGGAAGAGAUUGAAAAAUACCGCGCAUCCAAUCCGAAGAUUACAGAACAGUUUGCAGAUUUGAAGCGGAAGCUGUACACGGUGUCUGCCCAAGAGUGGGAGAGCAUUCCUGAAAUUGGGGAUUAUUCUUUAAGAAACAAGAAGAAACGAUUCGAGAGUUUUGUGCCUGUUCCUGAUACUCUUCUGGAGAAGGCAAGGCAGGAGCAGGAGCAUGUUACGGCUCUGGAUCCAAAGAGUCGGGCUGCAGGCGGUACGGAAACCCCAUGGGCCCAAACACCAGUAACGGACUUGACGGCUGUUGGUGAAGGAAGAGGUACUGUGUUGUCACUGAAAUUGGAUAGGUUAUCGGAUUCGGUCACGGGACAAACUGUGGUAGAUCCAAAGGGAUACUUGACUGAUUUGAAGAGCAUGAAGAUUACCAGUGAUGCAGAAAUUUCAGAUAUUAAAAAGGCGAGGUUGUUACUGAAGAGUGUCACACAGACAAAUCCUAAGCACCCGCCUGGUUGGAUUGCUGCUGCUAGGUUGGAGGAGGUGGCUGGGAAGAUCCAGGCAGCAAGGCAGUUGAUUCAGAAGGGAUGUGAGGAGUGUCCAAAGAAUGAGGACGUGUGGUUGGAGGCUUGUAGGCUUGCAAACCCAGAUGAGGCAAAGGCAGUGAUUGCCAGGGGAGUGAAGUCAAUUCCCAAUUCAGUGAAGCUGUGGUUGCAGGCUGCCAAAUUGGAGCAUGACGAUGUGAACAGGAGCAGAGUGUUGAGGAAGGGGUUGGAGCAUAUUCCAGAUUCAGUGAGAUUGUGGAAGGCAGUUGUAGAGCUUGCAAGUGAGGAGGAUGCAAGGUUGUUGCUUCAUAGGGCAGUGGAGUGCUGUCCUUUGCAUGUGGAGUUGUGGUUAGCUCUUGCAAGGUUGGAGACAUAUGACAAUGCUAAGAAGGUUCUCAAUAAGGCAAGAGAAAAGUUGCCUAAGGAGCCUGCUAUUUGGAUUACUGCUGCCAAGUUGGAGGAGGCAAAUGGAAAUACUGCUACGGUGGGAAAGAUUAUUGAGAGGGGUAUAAGAGCCUUGCAGAGAGAAGGAGUGGUGAUCGACAGGGAAGCAUGGAUGAAGGAGGCUGAGGCUGCUGAGAGAGCAGGAUCUGUAGCAACUUGCCAGGCAAUUAUUCGAAAUACUAUUGGUAUUGGAGUGGAAGACGAGGAUAGGAAGAGAACCUGGGUUGCUGAUGCUGAAGAAUGUAAGAAAAGGGGCUCUAUUGAGACUGCCAGAGCUAUUUAUGCUCAUGCUCUCACAGUCUUCUUGACAAAGAAGAGCAUUUGGCUGAAAGCAGCUCAGCUUGAGAAGAACCAUGGGACUAGGGAGUCACUUGAUGCUCUUCUGCGUAAAGCUGUGACUUACAGGCCACAGGCUGAGGUUCUUUGGCUUAUGGGUGCCAAAGAAAAGUGGCUUGCUGGGGAUGUGCCUGCAGCCCGUGCUAUUCUUCAAGAGGCUUAUGCUGCAAUACCCAACUCUGAGGAGAUAUGGCUUGCUGCAUUUAAGCUCGAAUUUGAAAAUCAUGAGCCUGAGAGAGCAAGAAUGCUUCUUGCUAAGGCUCGAGAAAGGGGAGGGACAGAGAGAGUGUGGAUGAAGUCGGCCAUUGUUGAGAGAGAACUAGGGAACACUGAGGAAGAGAGGAGGUUACUAGAUGAAGGGUUGAAACAGUUUCCUGCAUUCUUUAAAUUGUGGUUGAUGCUUGGGCAGCUGGAAGAACGUCUUGGUAAAUUGGAGAAGGCCAAGGAAGUUUAUGAGUCAGGUUUGAAGCAUUGUCCAAGUUGCAUACCUCUUUGGCUCUCUCUUGCCAAUCUUGAGGAGAAAAUGAAUGGAAUAGCUAAAGCUCGAGCUGUGCUCACACUGGCCAGGAAGAAGAAUCCACAACAGCCUGAACUCUGGCUCGCUGCUGUACGCGCUGAGUCAAGGCAUGGCUACAAGAAGGAAUCUGAUAUCUUGAUGGCGAAGGCGUUACAGGAGUGUCCAAAUAGUGGUGUUUUAUGGGCAGCAGCAAUUGAGAUGGUUCCCCGGCCACAGCGGAAAACCAAGAGUGCAGAUGCCUUAAAGAAAUGUGAUCAGGAUCCCCAUGUCAUUGCGGCUGUGGCCAAGUUAUUUUGGCAUGAUAGGAAGGUAGAUAAGGCUAGAUCAUGGCUCCAUAGAGCAGUGACACUUGCUCCUGAUAUUGGUGAUUUCUGGGCAUUGUACUAUAAAUUUGAACUUCAACAUGGAACCGAGGAGAACCAAAAGGAUGUAUUGCAAAGAUGUAUUGCUGCAGAACCAAAGUACGGUGAGAAAUGGCAAGCGAUUUCAAAGGCUGUGGAGAACUCUCACCUGCCAACUGAAGCAAUCUUAAAGAAAGUAGUUGUUGCACUCGGCAAGGAAGAAAGCACUGCUACAGAAAGUAGUAAAAACUAAACUUGUAGUUCUCGGUGUCAUUCCUCCUCUUUCCUAUGCAUAAUUAAGAAACAUUGUGGUUAAUGCAAUGUGUAUCUCUUUUCUACUUGAAUGCGUUUGAUAACUAGAAUUGAUGCCGAACCAUGAUAAUACUUUGGACUUGGUAACUUUGAAACUUGUUACUUGUGUUUCGGUUAUGGUAUUUUGGCAUGUUAUAUCUUCAUUGGAAUGUUAUUCUGCCC